GCCCGUAGCGGAUCUGUCCCCAUCCCAGAUAAGCUGAGCGUGUGCCCGAUAGCAGGUGCAGCGGCUGGGGGCUGGCAGCUGUGGUGACGGCCAUGCCAGGGGAGGCACGGAUGUGUGACACGGAGCUGGGCAGCGGCAAGGUGAAGGAGCCCGGCAUGAGCAGCAGGAGCCGAGGGUCCUGGUAUGAGCGGUUCCUGCAGCCCUGCCUGGUGGAGCUCCUGGGCUCGGCCCUCUUCAUCUUCAUCGGGUGUCUGUCAGUGAUCGAGAACGGGGCUGACACGGGGAGGCUGCAGCCGGCCUUAGCCCAUGGGCUGGCCUUGGGACUCACCAUCGCCAUGCUGGGGAAUAUCAGCGGAGGCCAUUUCAACCCUGCCGUGUCGCUGGGCGCGAUGCUGAUUGGAGGUCUCAACGUGGUGAUGCUUGUUCCCUACUGGGUCUCGCAGCUGUGUGGGGGGCUGAUCGGGGCUGCCCUAGCCAAGGCGGUGAGUCCCGAGGAGAGGUUCUGGAACGCGUCGGGGGCGGCCUUCGUGACCGUGCAGGAGCAGGGGCAGGUGGCCGCAGCACUGGGGGCGGAGAUCAUCAUGACCGUCCUGCUGGUACUGGCCGUGUGCAUGGGCGCCAUCAACGAGAGGACGCGGGGCCCGCUGGCCCCGUUCUCCAUCGGCUUCUCGGUCACCGUGGACAUCCUGGCCGGGGGGAUGAUCUCUGGAGCCUGCAUGAACCCUGCUCGCGCUUUUGGACCUGCUGUCGUUGCUGGCCACUGGGCUUUCCAUUGGAUCUACUGGCUGGGCCCACUCCUGGCGGGUCUGUUUGUAGGACUGCUCAUUAGGUUCUUCAUCGGGGAUUCAAAAACCCGCUUAAUCCUGAAAGGACGCUGAGGCCCCACUUCCUGCCUUAGGCUGCACAACAAGACAGCUUCGUACGCUUCCUAAGCAGAGCCUGGGCGAGCCACUGUCUGGGGCAGGCUUCUCAGAUGGAUGGCCUGCUCCUAAGUCCCGAGGACCAUUCGGGUUCUCAGAACUUCUCUGGGCUCAUCUGGAACCUCCACAGGGAGCAUGCGCAGCCAGCCCUGCACAGAGGGAGGCGGGGAUGGCAGAGUACCAGAACGUUCUUGACAGGGAAGACCAGCAGAGAAGACCCAGAGGAGGAAGUGGCUGAUAGUGUGCGUUGGCGUUGGCUCAUGUCCCACCCCCUUUCUUUUCUUAAAAAAAAAACAACAAACUGCAGUGCUGGGGAUCAAGCCAGGGUUCCCCUCCGCAAGUUGGGCAGAUGCUGUGCACUAAGCCAGGCACCCCCAACCCUGCCCACCCUCUUUCUUUCUCCUCCUGAUCUUGGUUCCCAAGGCCCUACUUCUUCGCUUCCCAA